UGCCCGCGGAAGUCGGGCGCGCAGAGCCGCGGCGGGGCCUUCGCGGCGGGAGUCGGCCUUUCCCCGGAGGGAGCCAUGGGGCGCGCGGGCGCCGGGGAGCGGUCGCCGGUGUAGUCCGCGCGACGCCUGGCUGAGGAGGCCUGUGAAGGGCGGUCGCCCGAGCGCCGGCUGCGGCGCUAUGGCCCCCAUGGGCAUCCGCCUGUCCCCGCUCGGGGUGGCCGUGUUCUGCCUGCUGGGGCUCGGCGUGCUCUACCACCUCUACUCGGGCUUCCUGGCCGGCCGCUUCAGCUUCUUCGGCCUGGGCGGCGAGCCGGGCGGCGCGGCGGGGCCGGCGCCUGCGGCCGAGGGGGGCACGGUGGACCUGCGCGAGCUGCUGGCCGUGUCGGUGCUGGCCGCCGCCCGCGGCGGCGACGAGGUGAGGCGCGUCCGCGAGAGCAACGCCCUCCACGAGAAGUCCAAGGGGAAGACGCGGGAGGGAGCCGACGAUAAGAUGACCAGCGGCGACGUGCUGUCCAACCGCAAGAUGUUCUACCUGCUCAAGACCGCCUUCCCCAGCGUGCAGAUAAAUACUGAGGAACAUGUGGAUGCAGCUGAUCAGGAGGUUAUCUUAUGGGAUCAUAAUAUUCCUGAGGAUAUCCUGAGGGAAAUAACUACUCCUAAAGAGGUUCCAGCAGAAAGCGUUACCGUCUGGAUUGACCCACUUGAUGCCACACAGGAGUAUACAGAGGAUCUUCGACAGUAUGUCACUACUAUGGUGUGUGUGGCUGUAAAUGGCAAACCUGUGCUAGGAGUGAUACAUAAGCCAUUUUCUGAGUAUACAGCCUGGGCAAUGGUAGAUGGUGGUUCAAAUGUGAAAGCCCGUACUUCUUACAAUGAGAAGACGCCAAGGAUCGUUGUGUCCCGUUCUCAUUCAGGAAUGGUCAAACAGGUUGCUCUUCAGACUUUUGGAAACCAGACUACAAUUAUUCCUGCCGGUGGUGCUGGUUAUAAAGUUUUGGCGCUUUUGGAUGUGCCAGAUAAGAGUCAAGAAAGCGCUGAUCUGUAUAUCCACGUGACAUACAUCAAGAAGUGGGACAUAUGUGCUGGCAAUGCCAUCUUGAAAGCGCUUGGGGGGCAAAUGACUACCCUGCGUGGUGAAGAAAUCAGUUACACUGGUUCUGACGGCAUUGAAGGGGGACUCCUUGCCAGCAUCAAGAUGAACCACCAGGCUCUGGUCAGAAAACUCCCGGACCUGGAGAAGAUAGGACACAAUUAGCAUAAUUGACUACAGGGCCCAGUUCUUCCGGACCACGAACGUCCGGAGGCUUCAAGGGGCAUUUCUAGGUGAAGACUAUGCAUGGUUAAGGCCAUCGAACUUUUGAGUAUUUAUGAAGCAUCAGAGACUUAUUUUCCCUGUAACAGGAUGCAAGAUCAGAGAAAAUGGGUUGCUUCGUGUCUCAAGUAUUGUCUUUAUUUUUGAGACUAUUUUCGUACACUUGUCAUACACAAGGCGCAUAUAUAUAUUUGCAAAUUAAAAUCUGUAGCUGAGUCAACAUGGUUAUGAGUCACCAUUUUCACACAUCAUGAAACUUCACUGUUUGUUAGUGUUUUCAUACACAAUUUGGCUGAAGAAAGGAUUGAUUUUGUGUAGAUGUUUAAUAUAACUUUGAAAUCUCAUUGAAAAUAAAGCAGUUGGGGAUACCUACCCCUAAUUUGGAUGGAAAGCACAAGAAGCCACACAUCAAUUAAUAUGCAACAAAUGCUCUGUUACUCUUUCUUAUGGGUUAAAAUAGAAAAAAAGCUUAAGUUGAUUUUUUUCUUUGAUAUUUUAGUAACAGAUUCACCAGCUAAUAGAAAAUGUACACAUAUGAUGGUUUGCAUUGUAAUUGUAAUUUCUGUGUGUAUGGUUUUUUUGGGUUUUUUUGUUUUGUUUUUAAGCAAGACAUGUUUAAACCCAUGAGUUUAACAUUUCUACCAUCUUGCUGUUGAUUUUCACUUUUCCUGUGAAAGAUGCUUGGUUCCAUCCGUCUUUGCUUCUCUACCAACAUUCAGUCUUUAUCCCGUAAGAUUCGGUUUAAGAUUUCAGGGCUAGGACUAGGAUUUUGGUACAUUUUCUCAUUAGGGUUAAGAUAUACUAUAAGGCAGUGUGAGAAUAUGAAUGAUUCUGUUAACUGAAAGUUACUUGACAUUACAUGAAUUGAACUAGCUUUCGUUAUUUUCAAAAACACAAAACUUAACUUUGUUUUAGUACUUAAAGAAAAAAAAAAAGACAGGUUUGUAUGUAGAAGCUUCCCUUGUUUUCAGAAUGAGUCGUAGUUACUUUUGCCAUGGUUGCUUUUACCAGUAAUAAAUGGAUCUAACCUGA